AUGGCUGGGUCCCGCAGGAGUCCGGUGUUGAGAGACGAGUGGAAAGCCCCCAACGACCCUGGAGAUCACAGAGAUCGGGAACGGAAUCAUCGACCUCGAGGUUCCUAUCGUGAUCGGGGUAGGGAUAAAUUUCGCGAUCGGGAGCCUCGCCGCCGCCCUAAGGAGAGCAGACCUGAUUAUUCGCUACGGUCGCCGCCUCCGCGUUCCCAUCUUUCUUACGACGAUUCACGUCCGCACCGCGAGUUUUCACCUCCUAUCUCUCGUCGUGGCUCAUCCGGUCUUCCGCCCCCUGACACCUACCCUAGCCAGAAGUCAGCUCGUCACCGAUCACCCAACCCUGCGACUCGUCCUGAUUCGCAAGCGCACCGGUCGGUAGACACGGAUAGACCUGCUGGCAAAGGCCUUCGACGAAACGACUCUCCAUCUGCACCACCACCUUCGAAACGUAAGAGAACACGGAGCCCGUCUCCCGGUGGGUUUCAUUCACACUCCAACCGGCCAGGACAUCGUCGGCCUUCCUUCAACCCCAACGACGAGCUGGACCGUGGAUAUUUACCGAAUAGGCGAGGCCGGUUUUCAGGACGCAGUAGAGGUGGUCGGAGGCCUUCUCCCGGGUCACGACGAGGAAGGGAACGCCGCAAGGCCGGAGGAGGCCGCCCUGUGUCCCCACACUCGAGGCGUUCGAGGUCGCCAGUCCGCGGAGGAAAGCCAUACUCACAUCCUUCUCGACGCCCACACAGCCCGUCAUUCGAAGACGAGCCCCAGGGCGAACGCCGCUACCGCUCACUAUCCCGUCAUUCUGCUCAAUCUGUGGCUUCGAGAUACUCCGGAGACUCACGUCGGAACUCAAUAGGUGAGCCCAUGAUGGAUUCGACGAGAUCAACUCGACCUUCGGGAGGCGAUUCACACAAGUCUUCCUCUCCUCGCCGAGAGCCGUCAAUUUUCGAUAUUAAUCCCGCCGGGGAAUCAUCUAAGGGAGAAGCCACGCGUAAUACAACUCGGGGAAGACGUGUGUCUGAUGCUUCCAAUGACCAGCAUUCGAGGAAUUUUCGGCCAUCAGCAGAUGGUUCCCAUGUCUCAAAAUCAUCACAUCAUGCGGCAUCUCCCAAAUCCCAUGCUGAGUCUACAUCCCCUUACUCGAAGGACCGGAGUGACUGGCCCGGACAACAAUCGUCGUACCAGAAUUCCCACGUCCACUCUUCACCAAAACGGCAAGAUAAUUACGCCACGGGGGACUCGCAGAAUCAGUAUCAGCAACCACACCAUUCUUCACACAAUCGUGGUCCAUCACCAUCACCAGGUCCAACUUACCGCGAUGAGAACUCGGGAUAUCGGGGGAACCAUCAUGGCAACAUAGGUGGGUCUUCCCCUCGGGAAAGAGGUAACUUCAACAAGUCUCACUGGAAUACACCGAGUUCGCGGGGUCAAGCGGACCCGUCAAACCCUAACGAACCGUAUGGGCCGUCACACAGUCCCUCACCUCCGCCAGCGGGUGAUCGGGCAAGAUCAGUUGUCAACGACGAUAGUGAUCAAUAUGGACGUUCACGACAGGAUUCACGAGCAAAUAUCGACAGGUCUAGAGCCGAUCCCGACAAUGGCGAUUCUCAAAGAGAUCCGCCCCCGGGUAUGCAACCAUCCGCUGCUUCUGCUACUCCAAACAAGGGAGGCAAAAUUAGUUUCGCCUUCAAGGCCAAGACUGCUCCUGCCCCAGCACCCAAGCCGGUUCCCGACUUAGCUCAGAGGAUGCUAGCUCGAGAGCCACCUCAGCGUGCCGCCGAGCCACCUUCACGCAACAGGAUGCCGGUUGGCCCACCGCCAAAGUUCAAAUCCGAGCCUCGCUUUGAUCGCCGCGACCGCGACCGCGACCGUGACCGCGAACGCGAACGUGAUCGGCGUGAGCGAGAGCGUGACCGUGCACGAAAUGACAGAAGAGACUUCCGGGACUCCCGCAAUUAUCGCGAUACGCGAGAACCUCGUGGGCCCCGAGAGCCCCGAAGUAUGCGUGAGGGUAGACGGGACGACCGCCGAUUCGAUUCUCCUCGCACAGAAAGACCUCGAGGAGAUCGGAGACAGGAUUUCCGCCCUGAUCGCCGUCCCGAGCGCUCUCCGGAGCCGAGAAAGCAAAUCAAGAUUAUGACUCGCAUAAAACCACGCCCCGUUCUUUCUGAGGAAUUCGCCAACUCGGAUUCUGUAUACUACCGAAAACCAGGUAAUGAAUCGGUCAUUGGUGCAGGCACUUACGGCAAGGUUUUCAAGGCGAUUCAUGUCUACACCCAGCGUAAAGUUGCGCUCAAAAAGAUCAGAAUGGAGGGUGAGAAGGAUGGCUUCCCUGUGACCGCCGUUCGAGAAAUCAAGCUGCUUCAACAUCUUCGCAAUGAAAAUGUUGUCAGCUUAUUAGAAGUCAUGGUGGAGAGAAAUGAGUGUUUCAUGGUGUUUGAAUACCUCUCGCACGACCUGACGGGUUUGAUCAACCACCCGACCUUCACUCUAACCGAAGCACACAAGAAGGACCUCGCCAAGCAGAUGUUUGAAGGCUUAGAUUAUCUCCACCACCGAGGCGUCAUGCACCGUGAUAUCAAGGCUGCUAACAUCCUGAUCAGCAACCGAGGGCAGCUGAAGUAUGCCGAUUUCGGUUUAGCACGAUUCUUCGCUAAAAGUCGCCAGCUAGAUUAUACGAACCGUGUCAUCACGAUCUGGUACCGACCACCGGAGCUACUACUUGGUGAGACUCGGUACGGCCCCGCUGUUGAUGUCUGGAGUGCGGCUUGCGUAUAUGUUGAAAUGUUCACGAAGAAGGCUGUUUUCCCGGGUGAGGGAGGGGAGAUAAGUCAACUCGACAAGCUCUACAAUUGCCUUGGCACCCCGAAUCGCGCCGAAUGGCCAGAUCUGGUUGAGAUGCCUUGGUUCGAGCUAAUGCGCCCGACGGAGCGGAAGAAGAGGAUUUUCGAGGAGGUCUACGGUGAAAUCCUCUCGCCAGCAGCUCUCGAUCUUAUAUCUCAGGUCUUUCAGUAUGACCCUGCGAAACGACCAACCACUGGGCAGAUAUUAGCGCACCCAUACUUCACCACGGAGGAGCCACGGCCUCAGCAAGCUAUCGAGCUCGAGAACAUUGAGGGUGAUUGGCACGAGUUUGAGUCUAAGGCCCUCCGCAGAGAGAAGGACAAAGAACGCCGUGCAGAGUACCAGAGGGAUAAAGAGAAGCGCAAGGUGGCUCAUCUGGCACCCCAAAGUGACAGGGACGCCAAGCGCAUCAAGGCUGGCUCCGAACGUCAGUCAGACUCCGCACAGCCUGCCGAGUAA